AUGGAGAGUCAAAAAGUGGAAGAAUAAAUAAUCAAUUAAGUAGUCUAGUAGACUGAUAUCUAAUAAAAUAAUUAAGAUAUUAACUAAGGAGAUAAUAACUCCAAGCAAGAGUUUCCAUCAGUAAGAAAUCAAUCUAUGGAUAUUGAAACAACUAAAGCUGAAACUCAAAAGAUUGAUAUGAGUUAUAAAUAAAAAGCUUAACAAUAGAGCAAUUAAGAAGCUUAAAAAUAUUAAUAUAAUAACUUAUAGGCUGAAAGCAAUUCUUAAAAAAUCUAAAAUGGUGCGAUGAUUUCAUCAAAUUAGCCAUAAAAUAUCUUGGAAGAAGAAGGGUUGGAUAGUGAGUAAGAAGAUCAGUCUAGAAUAAAUAAAAAAAUUUUAUCAAAAUGCAAAGGAAAAAAUGACCCGGUCCUGGUCAAUUAUGCAAACGUUUUAUUUUAUGCAGGCAUCAAGAAAUCUAACUUCGGUAGAAGCGAAUUGAUAGAAUAAAUUCAUUAUAGAUAUUAAAAUUAUUAAAUACUUGAGUAUGAUCAUGCCUAUAUCUAAUGGAUAUUCCCUAACAAAUAUAAAUCAAGCUUCAAUUAUUAAUCUAAAGAGCUAAGUGAUGAGGAAAUUGAAAUAUUUUUGGUAGAACCUCUAUUAGCAAAAAGAAUAGUUAAAAGUUAUGAAAUGAUGCUUGACUUUUAUGGAAUGAGUAUUAAAAAUUACAUAACAGGAGAACUCAAAAGAAAUAAGAAUUACAAAGAAAGAUACGAAGACGCUGUUUGUGGGCAUAAUGUUUUAAGAAUCAGAAGAAUUUUGACUUCUCUAAGCAACCUAGGAUUUAGGAAAUAUGCAAUAUAGCUUUGUAAAUUUUUGCAAAAAGAAAUAAAUGAGGGCGACAGACCAUUAAAAAACAGAAAAGGAGAUUAUAAUUAUGACUGGUAAAUGUACUAAGAAUGUCAAGAUAAAUCAGAUGAGAAGAUUCUUGAAGCAAAUUGCUUUUAAAAAAUAGAUUAAAUAAAUAGAGAGAGUGUUUUCUUUACUAUGGGAUUUGACAAACAAAAGCAAGAAUAGUUAGCUAAUGAUUAAGGUGAAGAAGAAAUUUAGUAGAGCAAAUAACAAAAAAAAAGCUUUUGA